AUGGAGGUACAAUAUCUCGUAUUAUUUUUGUGUAUUUUCUGCCAUGGAAGUGAUGCUAUUAUGUGGAGUUUAGCUCCUAACACGCAGAAGUGCUUGAAAGAAGAACUACAUGCAAACGUGCUCGUAGCCGGUGAAUAUGAAAUAACAGAAGCUGAUGGCCAGAGAAUUGAUUACAUUGUUCGAGAUUCAAAAGGGCAUAUUUUAGCUCAGAAGGAUGCCAUUAGUAAGGGAAAAUUCACAUUUGUCACAGAAACAUAUGACACAUUUGAAGUGUGUUUCAUAUCAAAAGUACCCCAAGAACGCCGUGGUGUGUCUCAAGACGUCACUUUAGAUAUCAAAGUGGGAAUUGAAGCUAAAAAUUAUGAAGGCAUUGGUGAAGCUGCAAAGCUAAAACCCAUGGAGUUGGAACUGAAGAGGUUAGAAGAUUUAUCUGAAGCAAUUGUUCAAGACUUCACUCUUAUGAGGAAGAGGGAAGAAGAAAUGAGAGACACUAAUGAAUCAACAAACAACCGUGUGCUAUUUUUCAGCAUAUUCUCUAUGAUCUGCCUGCUGGGACUCGCCACGUGGCAGGUGCUGUAUCUCCGCAGAUAUUUUAAAGCCAAAAAACUUAUUGAA